AUACCAAGACACUAGCUUUGUCUUGUUAUGUGUUAGAUCUCAACUUGUCAGAGUCUGUUUUGGUCAGAGUUUCUUCCAGUUUCAGACAGUCGCACUAAAAUGGCGUUCCGCGUUUUCCUCCUCCUCUCCCUUCUCAUUUUCUCCGCUGUUUCUCCUUCUUUUGCGGCCUCUUCCUCCGACGUAGACCGAUAGACGAUGAGGAUCUCAAUGAUGAAGGUCCCGGUGAGGCACUUACUUCCCCUGUGAGUCUGAGCCAGACGAAUUCGACGGAAGACCUCGAAGUGUACGACGACGAGGAAGACGGAGAUUUCUCCGAUCUAGGUAAUCAAGUUUCGGAUACGUUCCCGGCGCAAUUACGUGGUGAUUGAGAACAACCAAUACGUCAUGGUUUAGUUCUACGCACCGUGGUGCUGCUCAAGGGAGACGGUGUCGUUUUGGCUAAAGUCGAUGAGACGGAGGAGAAUUAACUGGCUCAUCAGUAUAUCGUUCAGGGCUUCCCUAUUAUUCACCUUCUUCGUAGAUGGAGAGCACAAGCCUUUACACUGGAGGGAGGACCAAAGAAACAAUUGUGACGUGGAUGAAGAAGAUACUAAUGGUGAAGUGUGAUCCAAAGCUACGAAAAGUGUAUGUCUUGCAGAAAUACGUCACCGCAAGUUAUAUUGUAUGAUCAGAACUGUUUCAGUGGACUAGAGAAAGAUGAGGAUCAGUAGUUUUUGUUUAGACAUUCCAACUCUUUUGAUUUUGGUUUUAAAGGCCAGCUUGUACAACUGUUUAAACAAGGUCACACUACUAGAGAGUUGAACUUGAUAGGAGAAGAGCCACGUAUAUAAUUGCAUACAGUGAGUAGAACUAGAGGAACUGAUCUCAAGGGAAAGAGACUACAGUAAAUAACAAAUCCCAAACGUUUUUUUUCUUUGUUUCAUUACAUAGUUACAUUUCUUCUUAAUAUUCCUAACGCUUGUUUUCUUUGUUUCAUUACAUAGUUACAUUUCUUCUUCGGUGAAGUUGCCAGAACUUGUACAAUUAGUCAAAAGUCAACCCUUAAAAGAAAUACAAUUAACUUUACGUAGGCGUCAACAUUAAUAUAAAGUGGUUGGUUACUUGCCUUACAUUUCUGAUUAUUGACUCUAAUUAUUAUAUUUCCUUCCUUUUCAUUUGCUUCUUCUCCCUAUUAAAUAUCUAUCCUUCCAUUAGCAAAAUAAUCCAAUAUUACUAUUUGCAAAUCUCCUAAGCGUUGACUGUUAGGUGCCAACUCAUUUCUCAAGUGUCACUCAUACGAAACUUUAAGUAGAAACUGAACAAUAUGAUUUCUUGAUCUCUGUUUUCUAUACACUUCUGCACACCCUAUAUGUUAUAUAUCUCUUCUUCUUCAAGAGAGAGAGACGAGGGAGGUUGAACCUUUGAGAUGAUGAAGGUCAGUUUCAUAAUCAUAGUUCUGUUAAUGGUAGGAAUAGUAUCCGGUAAGAUAUCAACUAAAAAAGUUUCACCAGCUCCAUCUCCAUCUCCAUCUCCGGAUUCGUAUGCACCUCAAUCAGAAACCAGAAUGUCUCCAUCUCCUUCACCAUCGGACUCUCCAACAACGAUGCCUCCCGGUUACAUUCACCAGCCACCGUCUCUGUCACCGGAAGAAAGUGAUCUCAAAUACAAAGACGGUAGUGGAACAGAGAGGGAAAGUUCCUCAGGUGGCGGAAAGAAGGCUGGAAUCGCGGUUGGAGUGAUCGCAGCAGCGAGUAUGGUUGGUCUCGGAGGGUACGUGUUGAAGAAACGUAGAGAGAACAUUCGUCGAUCACGAUAUGAAUACGCCGCCACUGAGAUCUUCUGAAGAGACAGAAACUUGGUCAUGGAUGUGGUGUGUCGUUUCCUACGUUUUGAGUUAAUGUACAAUUUAAUCAGCUUUUGUCCUAACAACGGUGGUUAAAAUAUGCGGCUCCUAGAGCAUUACUCUUUAUUAUAGUCUCUAGCUUCGUUUUUUUUUUUUUUGGCAUCAGUUAUACCUAGCUAUGUUAUAUUGUUAUGGAACAUGUCAUGUCCAUGAAAGAUGUUGUAAAACUGGUAGAAAUCAUCAAUGUUCAAGAU